AUGUCAGACGCAGCCGUGGACACCAGCUCCGAGAUCAUCACCAAGGACUUGAAGGAGAAGAAGAAAGUUGUGGAGGAGGCAGAGAAUGGAAGAGACGCACCUGCCAACAGCAAUGCUAAUGAGGAAAAUGGGGAGCAGGAGGCCGACAAUGAGGUAGAUGAAGAGGAAGAAGGUGGGGAGGAAGAGGAGGAGGAGGAGGAAGAAGGUGACGGUGAGGAAGAGGAUGGAGAGGAAGACGAGGAAGCUGAGGCUCCAACAGGCAAGCGGGUAGCUGAAGACGAUGAGGAUGAUGAUGUUGACAUCAAGAAGCAGGAGACUGACGAGGAUGACUAG